UUCCUGCUUGAGACCUGGCGCCGCUGCCUGCCCCCCCUGAGGCGAAGGGGGCUGAGAACGGUGCCUCCCGCGCGCCGACUCCAAAGCGGUUUCCCGCCACGCCGGGUCUCCUCUCUAGGAAAGUGGUGACGAUCGCCAAGUCGAGGAAGUUCCGCGAGAAGCACGGCAAGAUCCUGCUGGAGGGCCACAGGCUGAUCAAGGACGCCCUGGACGCUGGCGUGGUGCCGCAGACUCUCUUCUUCAGUACGGCCGGGCACCUGAGAGAGCUGCCCGAGGAAAAGCUGAAGAAAACCACGCUCCUGAAGGUGAAGUUUGAAGACAUUAAGAACUGGUCUGACCUCGUAGCGCCUCAAGGGCUGAUCGGGAUCUUUUCCAGACCUGACCAUGCCAAGAUGACCUACCCAGCUAUCCAGCAAAGGAAUUCGCUGCCUCUGUCCCUUAUCUGUGACAAUCUCCGUGACCCUGGAAACCUGGGAACGAUCCUGAGAUCUGCAGCUGGAGCAGGCUGCAGCAAAGUGCUGCUCACCAAAGGCUGUGUGGAUCCUUGGGAGCCCAAAGUGCUUCGUGCAGGCAUGGGGGCUCACUUCCGCCUACCCAUCAUUGCCAAUCUGGAGUGGGAAUUCAUUCCCAACUAUCUUCCCGGAGACACGCUGGUCCACGUGGCUGACAACCACGACCCACGAGCUCAAAACCAGGAUGAGGAUAUGUCCGGAAAGGCCAGCAGCUAUGGCUGGGUUUCCAGACCUCACAAUUUAAAGGCUCAGAUAAACCGAGAGGAUUUGGCUUUGGAAUCUGACAGCGAGGAGGAGGAGCAGAGAACAGACGAGGCCUGGCUGCCAGAGCUUGAAGCUCAGUGCUACCACGAGAACUGGACACAGACACCAGUGGCAGUGGUGAUUGGUGGGGAGACCCAGGGUUUGAGCGCACAAGCCUUUCAGCUAGCAGAGAGCACGGGGGGGAGGAGACUGGUUAUUCCCUUGAUCCCUGGCGUGGACAGUUUGAACUCAGCCAUGGCCGCGAGCAUCCUGUUGUUUGAGGGGAAGAGGCAAUUGCAGUUGAGGGAGAAGCAAGAAAGCAAAAGGCAGAAGUUCCCUGCCUUGAGCUAAUCUGUGCAGGAGACUAUUCUGCACAGAAAGCACCACCUCUUCUGUAUGUUCCUGGGCAGGCAGCUUGCAAGGGAGUCAAUAAAAUAGGUUUUGCAGCUGCUAUUCAGGGAACCAGAGCUGUUCAACAGACCUGCCCCAGAGAGGUCCAUGCCCAUGUUCAACUGUCAGCAUCUCCAUUGAGUGUCCACCAUCUGCAUUGGCUGUUCGUGAGCCGGUGGGACGCAGGGAACUUGGAGGAGAGUGUCCAAACUUAGCUGUGGCUGACAUCAAGGCGUAGGCUGUGGAGAGAGUAGGCCUUGGCCACUGUUGCUGUUCUGACUGGGUCCCUUGGAGUGCUUUAAGGGGCUUAGCAGAGAGCCAUUCUCAGAGGUAGUGGUAGGACUUGGCGGUUGCCAACACAGCGAUUCAGCUGAAAUCCCUACUGAGCAAGCCUAAGGCCUCAAAUCCAUGCUGGCUCCUCUCCUUCGGGGCCAUCGAAAGCACUAACACUCUCCCAUUUCUAGAUUGUCCAGGAAGCUAGUUCAUGAGCAGCAGUGGGUUGCCACUGGUGUUACUGAGAGUGGUAUGAGCAAAGGCUAAGUUGUGUAGCGUGGGUGCGGGUUAUAGUUACCCCCAGGAGCCUCGUCUGCUGGAGCUGAUGCAUCCCCAUCCCGGCAGGAAAGGGCGGGGGAGUCUCUCUGGGCCCCGCUCGCUGUUUGCCACAGAGAUGAUUCUGUUUGUUUAAGGACGAGGUGGAUGGCCAUGCUGCACGGCUGACACACAAAGGACACACCGGAGGUUCUUACUAAGAGCUUCGGUGGGCUGACAGUGGGGUGGGGAAGAGAAGAGCCAGGGCAGCAGGGAUGAAGUGAAAGCUGAAUUGUACAAGGGCUCACCAGGGGUUCUAGCAUAAAACCCGACUGACUUCCAUGUUUUAGUAGGGGAAACACCUCUGCAUUGAAGUGCCAGAAACCGGCAGUAAAAUCCCUUUGGAUGUAGUGUUGCUAGCGCUCUGUAAACCCCCCAGUGGAGGACAUGGAGUGGCUAAUCAGCUCUGGCAGGGAGCCUGCUGGCUGUGCAUCUCCAGAGCUGCUCUUUGGAAUGUGGUUCUCUCGCCCCAGGCCUGUUUGUUCAGGCAGCCUUGUGUGUUUAAAUAAACAGUUCCUGUGGAACGG